AUGAGUUUUGUCUUCCGAGGCACAAGAGGAGACAUAGAAACUGGAUUUCCAGGGCUUGUACCAGAACGGCGUGCAGUGCGUGUACAUCCUGCUCGAUCAGUCAGUACGAACUCCCUUGCUUUUCUUGUAACAGUACUUUUGCUGUUCAUGAUUUUAAACUCGCAUCAGAUGUCUCCUAAUUUCCUGCUCUGGUUAGUGCUUGGUGUGUUUUUUAUGGCAACAACUUUGAGGAUGUAUGCAACUUGCCAGCAACUUCAAGCUCAGGCUCAAGCACAUGCUAUUGCAGCCAGUGGCCUCCUUGGCCACACCGAACUGCGACUUCACAUGCCGCCAUCUAUUGCACUUGCAACCAGAGGAAGGUUACAAGGUCUAAGGCUCCAGCUUGCACUUCUUGACAGGGAAUUUGAUGACCUAGAUUACGAAACUUUACGUGCACUGGAUGCCGACAAUAUUCCUACUGCCUCCAUGACUGACGAAGAGAUCAACGCUCUUCCCGUUCACAAGUAUAAGUUGUCCGGCCCUCAAAGCGGCAGCUCAUCAGUGCAGCAGGCUUCUUCUUCAACAUCGGCUGAGCAAGACCUUGCAAAUGCACAAUCCGGAUUGAAAACAUCUGAUGAUGAACUGACUUGUAGUGUUUGCUUGGAGCAAGUUAAUGCUGGAGAACUCAUUCGUAGCCUCCCAUGCUUGCAUCAGUUUCAUGUGAAUUGCAUAGAUCCAUGGCUUCGGCAGCAAGGUACGUGCCCGGUUUGCAAAUUUAGAGCAGGAUCCCAAGUAGCUCGAGGACAAGAUGAUGCUUCAGAUAUGGUCUAA